AGAUGACACGGUAGGAGGACUGAAUUCAGGAGGUAAAUUCAUUUCUUGCUGAAGUGGCUCACUGGUCCUGAGCUGGGAAUCUGUUGCAGAAUGAAAUGCAGGAGUGUGUGCUGUCACCGCUGGUCAUCUGAGGAGAGGUUGGAUGGGAAAACGGUCAUCAUCACCGGAGCCAACACUGGUAUUGGAAAAGAAACGGCCAGGGACCUGGCGAGAAGAGGCGCGCGCAUCAUCAUGGCGUGCAGAGACCUGGAGAGGGCAGAGGAGGCCCGAACGGAGAUUUUGGAAGACACAGGAAAUGAGAAUGUGGUCAUCAGGAAACUGGAUCUCUCUGACACUAAGUCCAUUAGAGCUUUUGCUGAGCUCAUCAACAAAGAGGAGAAACAAGUGAAUAUCCUGAUAAACAAUGCAGGCGUCAUGAUGUGUCCCUACUCCAAGACUGUUGACGGCUUUGAAAUGCAGUUAGGUGUCAAUCAUUUGGGUCAUUUCCUGUUGACUUACCUGCUGCUGGACCUCAUCAAGCGCUCAGCUCCUGCCCGUAUCGUCGUCGUGGCAUCGGUGGCCCACACUUGGACUGGAAUUCGACUGGAUGACAUCAACAGUGAGAGGAGUUACGAUACCAUGAAGGCCUAUGGGCAGAGCAAACUGGCGAACGUCCUCUUUGCACGCUCACUUGCCAAGCGGUUACGAGGCACAGGGGUGAGCGUGUUCUCCCUGCACCCGGGGGUGGUGCAGUCUGACCUGUGGAGACACCAGCACCAAUGUAUCCAGGUGGCAGUGAAGAUCUUCAGGGUUUUCACCAAGACAACACUGGAGGGAGCACAGACCACCAUCUACUGUGCUGUGGAGCCAGGCCUGGACAGCCAGAGUGGAGGGUACUUCAGUGACUGCACUCCUGCUGGGUGCUCAAGGACGGCUUCUGAUGAAGACUUGGCCCAGAAACUGUGGGAGAUCAGCUGCAACAUGCUUGGCAUCACCUGGCAGUGAACGGUGUUAAAUUAGAAGAAAAGAAGAAACCCUUUUUAUUGUCAUAUACAUAUACACAUACACGAAAUUUGACUUCUGCAUUUGACCCAUCCCUGUAUAUAGGGAGCUGCAUUAACUGCAUAGUGAAAGGACAUUGUAUGCUAUGUAUCAUCUGUUAAAGAGCACUUUUACGCACUUUUAUAUAGGCAUUCAUGUUGCUGUUGCUGUUGCUGAUGUGAAACAGGUGCUUUUUAUAACUCAAAGUACAGAACAGUUCAAAAGUCAGAGCUCUUUUAUUUUGUAUAAAUAUCAAAAUGACAAUUUUGUCAUUGUAUUUAUCAAAGAAGCAUGACAAAACUGUCUUUUUGUACUUUUACUGACCCAUGUGGGCAUUCUUUGUUUAGACAGUUUUGUAUCUUGACUGCAGUCGCUGUUUUAUCUUGUUGGCUUGUAAAGAUGUUAAAAGGCGUUAGCCAGCACGGUCUUGCUUUGGAUGAAAGUAGUUACUCUCUUACGUGCUGCAAACGUUGAGUUCCAGUGUGGUGGCGUGAUAGUUUUAGGCACUGAUGAAAACAAUUUAGCUCUACUCUGCCUCCAAAAUCCAUUUUUUUCAAAGUAACAUUUUAAUGAAAUUCUGUACAUCUGUGCACACAUACAGUAUAUUGGUUGAUAGUUAAAGCACUUGACGGAUGACAGAUAUGAAGUGAGUCCUGUUCUACUUUUGUAGCACUUAAAGUAUUAUACAUUUAUUGAUCGGUGAAACAUGAACCAUUGGUCUAAAGUUAUGCCCUUUUUCAUUGAAAUGUUUCAUCGGACAGCCUUGUAUUAUCUGCAAUUUCAGAUGCCUUAGAAAAACUUAAAAUUAUGUUAAUGUGAUGAAAAUGUACUGUAUGUAAAAAUUAAACUGGACUGGCAAACAUAUUGCAAAGUUCUGCUUGUUUGUGACUUUUACCUAAGUUAAGUUAAAUUACUGAAUACCUGAGUUCUGAGUUAGCUGUUUCAGGAGCAGUAAUGUGACACUGGGAUAACUUUAACCUUUGAGAGUUAGCAGAGAUUAGGUAAGUUUAGUGUAGUAACAAAGAGAAUUAAGGCUCUUAAAGUCUCAGACAUGCCACCCAAACAGAUGAACGAAUUUCAAUGUGACUCACUAAAUGGUCGAUUCAUUAAAAUGACAAAUGUAAAAAAGUAA